AAGUCUGUGCUCUCAUCCAGCUGAGCAUGUUCUGCAGUCGCAGCGUGGUGUUGCUUCCCAUGCCGGUGAACAUCUCUUCAGGGAUCGGGAUCUCGAGGACCGUCUCGAGCCCGUCGUCUUUGUCGAUGUUUGGGCACAAUUUCCUCAUGAAAGGGGGGAAAUGCAGAAAGAGUGAGAAGGGAGAGCAUUAGAUUCAGGAGGAAAAAAUCAAUUGUCGGGGAAGAUGGGGUGAUCAGGUGGCUCCCCUUGCUUCUAGCUCUUGUGUGGUUUCGUUUGAUUUUCUGAUAAUUCAUGAAUUAUUUCAAAUAUGAAGAAAAAAAAUUGCCAAAAUUAAAUUUCAAUGAGACCAAAUUGAAAC